CAACGCGUGGCAACAUUUGGCCGGCGCCGCACUGAGGCUGGAGCGCAGAGGGAGCAUAGAGCCAGCGCAGAGCCGCCGGCCGCUACCCUGCUGUAGGGCUGAGCACAAUGAGCGAGGAUGAUCAGCGACGCCAGGCCCGGCAGCACAAAUCAGGUUCUUCACAGUACCCGAGUAUUUUAAACCGUUUUACCCCAGAGGAAUCCGUAACAGACUGUGAUCUCGAUGACAAAAGCGAUUACAACAGCAGCAGCAGUGGAAGCAGUGUGUGCCCUCUGGAAUCUUCCUCUGAAAACCUCGCUGCUGAUGAACACCCACUGACAUCAGUAUUGAUACAGACAGAUUCCAGCUGGCUUCUCAGUCACAGCGUCCAAGAAACCGCUCAAGAUGAACAAAUGGAUGCACAAGAAGAGAGUGAAAUACAGUCAUCAGCUAGCUCGAAAUCUUCAGGAAAGGAGAACGACAUGAUCGAAGAUAAUCUUAGUGACUCAAAUUCCAAAGCUAGCCUGGAGGACUUCAUCGUUCACACUGAGUUUAUUAAUCAACUAAAACCUGGCAGGUUUGGAUCCUGCCUUUACACACUGCCCAGUAUUGGACUACCUACAAUUCUGGCUUAUAAACGUGAGUCCAAAGAGAAACCAAUCGACUACACAGCAUUAAACCAAAAGGUCAUGGAGAUAUUGUUACAAAAUGUCAAAGAACUCGGUGAUGCUGAGAAUUAUUGGCAAUGGGCCAAGAGCAAAGCAAAGCAGAAAGAAGAUUCUGAUUUGGUCCCUGGGGUACAGAUUGUGGUGACCGAAGCAGUGCCGGAAUCCAUCGGGUUGACCCACUGUCAGUUUUGUGGAAAAAUUUUAAAGCCCGCACCUACACGCAAACAAUUGAGCGAAGGAUCAGCCAAAGAUCUCUUUUGCUGCAAAGAGAAUGAAGAUUUGUUCAAGUACCUCAAAGAAGAGGAAGAACACCUGAACUUGAAAACUCAGUUGGAACCGAUUGACAUCAAACCUCACCUUCCAUUUGGCACUUUGGUGGAAAAGGAAAAGGCCAAGAGGAAAUUGGCAAUGAGGUUACGUCACAAGACAGUGGAAAAAUAUGUCAGCAAGAAUCCAGAGAGAGGAUCAGCACGCAGGUACCACUCUGGGUCGAGAAAAAUUACUACAAUUGCCUUCCAGUUGUCAACUUCAACAGAUGUUGAACCACAACUAAAAACAACAGAGGAAGAAGAUGAGUGGGAUGACAUUUUCACAGAAGUAGUGGAUGAUACAUUCAGUUGGUAUAAGGAUCUUCCGCUCUCAUUCCUGGUGAAGAACUACAAGAAUGGGAAUACGUUUCUAACGACCUUCGCAGAUGGAACAGCGCAGAUAUUUUAUCCUUCGGGAAACCUGGCGAUCAUGAUUUUUAUUGACAAGGAAAAGAAAGUUACCUGCAUUGUGCAGGAAGACAAAGAUACCGAACCAGCUAUCCGUGCCAUCUUCACCUCAUAUGGAAGAUGUACAUGCUAUCAUCCCAAUGGCGUGGUCUGGGUAAACACUAACGGUUUCGGAGGGCAUUUUGCGGAUGAACAAGGCACUCGACUGAGGCGAUGGUUCUGGCAAGACCGCUCACCGCCACUGGUCUUCGCCCCCUUGAAACCAAUUUUCAUCUCACUGAACGAAAACAUUGGCGUCAGGAUCAUAGAGCAACAGCGAAUCUUUCUUACCUUUUUGGCAAUGGGAAAGCAGGCAAAAUUCAACCUGGGAUCGAUUCUGAAGUUUAAAACACCAACCAUGCAAAACAUUACAAACUCUUGGAUAACAGAAGAUGACCUUCUCCUUCAUACCAGCUGGAUAAAGGUUCAAACAAUCAUCAACAAGCUGUGUAUUGCUCUCAACUUUCCAAGUAAUGACCCAGAGAAAAUUGGACUUCCGCUUUACCUGGUGACCCAGCAACAGAAACUCUCCCAGCUCUACGCAAAUGUUAAGAUGGAAGAAAGCAUACAAUUGGAAAACAUUGCUUGAAUGAUGGACGGUGAAAGGAGGUUGCAAUCAGCUGAGUAGUUUGCAUGUGUGCGUGUGUGUAUGUGUUUUGGGUUGGGGUGGGGUCUAAAUUACAUAAGCUCUUAAAUUUCAUUUGAACCAGAGUAGUCCCAAAAUGUAUGUUCACAAUGAUCAAAAAACUAAUUAGAAUAGAUCUUUACCAAUGUGAGGUAUAAGUUUAACAGAGGUUUAUAGUUUACUAGAUUCUAGUCUUUAUUACCAAGAAAUGACAAUUUAUUAUUUAAUCUCUUUGGAUCUGUAUUCAUCUAUUUUAAAUGCUUGUACGUCUUCAACAUUAUACAAUAAAGUCAAACAUCUUUCUGAA